AUGACUGCGGUGCCACCACCAGGUGACACCUAUCUAAUUGGUUUGAUUCAGGAUGAUCGGUGGGCUCCGGGGUUCGAGUUGCCUAUUCCGUCCGCAGAGGGAGAAGAUAAAAAAGAUGAGGGAACGUCCGAAUCCAAAGAUAACGAUAAAGCAGUGCCCACGAAGAAAGCAGAGACCAUACGAGGUACGGCCACUGUCAAUCAACCUGGGCCGAACUUGGCUGAGAGACCCGAACAAGAAACCACGGCCGAAUACUUUGCGAGCUGGGCUGAGGCGGAGAGAAUGAUGAGAGCCGAUUUGGAAAAGGGGAAAUUCACAGCAGAGCAAGUUGAUGAAGUUAAGAAAUUGAUGGAGGCUGGUGCAAUAAAAAUGAAAUUGCCAUAUAAAAGAGCACCCGGGGAAAUGACAUUGGCGCAAUGGGAAGAGAAGGCUGCAAAGCUCGAGGCUGAACUUAAGAACAAGGGACAAGAAGGCGACAAGUACGUGGCUCAAUUGAUGGCGCUCCAAGACCAAUUAAGGCGGUCGGAGGUCGCAAAUCUGGAGAUGGAAACCCGUAAUGCAAAACUCGAAAAAGAAAGGAACGAGGCUAUGGCUAAAAUUGAUAAGGCCGCACAAGAAAAGCGCGACAAAAAGAAUCAAGAGGACAAAGAAAAGGAGGAUAAGAAGAGAAAAGCGGAAGCUGAAAAACAUGUAAAGGCUUUGUAUGAUAGAGAUAACAAAAUUCGGGCACUCGAACAAAAGCUCGAUGCGUUGUCUAAACGCGCAGAGGCCGAGAAAAAAGAAAGAGAAAAGGCUGCCGCCAGAGAUACAUACAAAGAUAAGAGGGCGGAAAUUCUGCAAAAACAGGCUCUCGAAAAGGAUGAGAAAAUCAAGAAAUUAGAGAAUGACUUGGAAGCCGAAAAACACAAAAAUGACUUGGAAGAGGCCGGAUAUCACGGGGGUGAUGAACUUCAAGCCAUAAUCAAGCGUUUAGAGCACGAGAAAAGACAGCUCAAGAAGGAAGCAGCUAAAUUGGAAGAUGUGAUUCAAGGCUUGAACGAAAAGGUUCGGGGAUUGGAGAGCUCACAAGUGAGAUUCCUAGAUGCAGCUAUAAGAGAAGAGAACGCAGGAAAGGAGAGAGAUAAUCUAGAAAUCAAUGUUGUCGCGUUAAAACAACGGAUCGAGCAAUAUGAGGACGAAGAAAAAAGACAAAUCGAAAGAGAGCACGUUUUGAGACUCGACAGGCAAACUCUUGGCGCUCAAGUUGUUCAGAAACAAACCGAAAUUAAUCAAUUGAAUGAGAAAGUCAAUCAAUCUAAGGAGAAAAUCACUGCGCUUGAGGGUACUAUAGAGACCUUGUCAAAAGCAGUGAAUGACUCAUCUGGAACACUAGGCCGGGAAUUUGUAAUCUUGGAAGCAGAAAUUAAGACACUAGAAAGACGAGUAAAAGAACGAGAUGCCAAAAUUUCUCAACAGGAGUCAGAAAUUGGGGCCCAGAAGAAGACAAUUGAAGAGCAGGCAUUGAAAAUUAGGAUUGGGACCCCGGGUGCAAGCCAUGGAGAAGUGGCCAUGCAGAACCAGGCCAUACUUAAGGAGAAUAUGGAGCUUAAGAGACAGUUGGAAGACAUGCAAAAAAAUCUAGGUGCAGAAAACUCAGAGGAACUCAAGAGGCAGCUAGAAGCAAGUCAAAGAAAGCUAGAAGCUAGUCAAAAAGAAUACGCCGUUGUUCAAGAACGCGUAGAGAAGUUAUUGCAGGAGCUCGAAGAGGUCCGAAAGACAAAAUUCGGCGACGGAGCAAAUGCGAGCGAGAUUGAACGUCUGAAGCAAGAGUUAGAGAAGGCUACGAAAGAUAUUCAAAAUUUUACGCAAAAUUCAAGGAGAGCUGUGAAUGAGAUCAAUCGACUGAAGAAAGAAAAUACGGGAAGUGUCACAAUGAUUCAAACUAUUACGGGAAAGUUAAGCAGAGCCACAAACGAGAUCAAUCGCUUAGAUGAGAAGAAAAAGGAAGAUGCCGAAACGAUUCGUCAUCUAAAUCAAGAGAACGGGGCACUCCAGUUCGAGAUCUCUCGUUUGAGGAGCCUGCGACCACAAGCACAAGUUCAUCCAAGCCAGAAAGAAUUGGAGUCUAAGAGAAUCAAGAUUGGUCAUUACCAAGAUCAGGGACACGAAUGGCGCAUUCGGGAAGAUGAACUCAAGGCUCAAGUUGACGACUACGAGAAGCAAAUUGAAGAGCUGACAGCAAUAACGCAACAGAGUGAUGCUCUAAUCAGUGACAUGACAGCGGAGCAGAAGGAGCUUCACGAAACCUUGGAUAAACUUAAGCUCGAACUGGCAGCGAAGUCAAUUGACGAUACUGGGGGUGGAGGUGAAACACCUGCCGACGCUGCUGAACGUGAGCGGGUUCAUGCUGAGAAGAUCAAAGAACUUACAGACCGAAACAGCGCACUUUCCAAACAAGUUGAUGCGCUCAAGGAAGAAAUUGAGAAGAUACGAAAGAACCUUACUGAAACCAACACGGAUGCAGAAAAGGAAAAGACUCAACUCAACCAACAACAAGCACAUGCCAGUGCUCAGACUAUUCAUAUGUUGAUGGGCUUCAUGAUUCUCCAGCGAGCCUUAAACGGUAAGGUCAGUGGUGAUAUGGAUAGAGUGUUGGCAGCAGUGGAUCAAGCUAGACUUCAGGCUGAAGCAAUCGGUGAUGAGAAGUUGAUUGUGGAAGUAUCGUACUUGGCCGCUAUUGCUGUAUAUUACGACGGUGAUACACCUAAAGCUCUCGCAAGCUUCAAUGCCGUCAAAGAUUCCAAGGAUUGGGAUGAUUCGAAGAAAGAUCUCGUGAAACAAUGGAUUGCGCAUUGCGAGAAGGGGACUGAUUGCCCAAAGGGAAGGGGCGGGUAUAGAGAAGCUCUAGGACUCGGACCUGUGCCACCAUCUUUUCGGGCUCCUCCGAAACUCCCCAAAGAUAAUGAUGACGAAGAAGCAAAAAAAGCCAAGAAAAAAGCUAAGAAAGCCAAGAAGCAAGCAAAGAAAGCGAAGAAGGCAGAGAAGAGGGCAGCGAAAAAAUCCAAGGCAGGGACUAAACCAAGAAGAGCUUCAGCACCUAAACGUCGUGGUAUACAUAGGCCUGAUUUAUACGUCGGUAUCCUAUCGCCGAGACAACAACAAAUUUGGGAUACUAUCGAUUUUAGUGAUUUCGAUUACAAUCACCUAACUCCCGAGCAGCAAUCUCUGUUUUCAUUUUUUCCAAUAGAUUCUGAGCCUGAAAGCCCUCGACGACCAGUAGUCCAUCGAGCAGCCGGACCUUCCAGUGAGCUCUCGCCCCUGCCAGCUCCCCGUGCACACUUCGGGCUCCCACCAUUACCACUUAGUGAUCCUGAUUCUGAUGCAGAAGCGCCACCACCACCUCCUCCUCCUGCCCCUCAAAAACCACCAGGAAAGAUCAAACCUCAAAGAUCAGCUUCAAGCGGCGCUUCCUCUGCCGCCUCGGUUCAAGCCGCCAAAGGAGUUCAAGAAGGGCAGCCCAGUCGCAUGAGUCGGCCUACCACAGAUGCAGCUCUGCAUAUCCAGUACCUUGUUGCUCAACUGGCUGAAAGUGGAAGACGUAUCAGAGAACUCGAACCUGCAGGCGCCAUCGUAGAAAGUUUGACAGGUCGAGUGGAAAGGAGAGAUAAACAGAUCGAAACCUUAAAAAUCUUUUGCGAGCAGGUAGUUGCUGAAAAUAUAACGUUGAAAGGUGAUGCUCAGUAG